AUGUUCCCUGACGAGCUCAAGGGACUCACGCUGGUCGAAGAGAAGCUCGUCUCGCUCAACUCCUGCUAUGGGCACGUCAAGGGCCACAUCACAGUGUUUCCCAACAACGUGCAGGAGCUGGCGACCAAGGUGCUCCCGCACCCCCUUUUGCAAGCACUGGACGAGAUCCACGUUUCGUGGCAGGGCGUGGAGAAGCCGGCACCGAGCGACCUGUCGAGUCUCUUGUCGGUGAGGCGGCGGGUCGUCGAGAGGGCUCUUGUUUGGCUGAAGAGGAGCAACCCCCACUACGCCGAGAUCGAGAUCGACGUGGCGGAGAUGGAGAGUUGGGGAGACCCGAUAGACGGGGUGCCGGCCUUGGUGUAUGAUCGCAUGGAGCGGAACGAGCCGUCCGCAUGGGAGAAAACGCGGACGGCGCACGUUGUGCCGCCCACGGAGCGCGCCAUGGACGACGAGGGGUCGGUGGAGAUCGAGGAACUCUUCGCUCUGCUCAAGCAAAGGCAGGAAACGGGAGGCGAGGCUGAAGGGCACGGGCCCAACGAAGAAGGCGCGGGUCGUGAUGGAGUUGGUGCUAGCCCCGAUCAGAACGUUCGACCAAUCAACGAGGUGACGUCUUCCGGCAUGUUUGGGCUGGACGGACCGCCAGACGUGGCGGAUGUCGAGAAGCUGCGGUUUGCCUGUGACGCUGUUGGCGCAGGUGCCGACGACGGCCGCGCGGGCCCGAGAACGUGGGUCGGAUCCUCGGUGGGGGGGGCUCGAGGGCGUGGCGACGAUGGCAGUGAGCCAUACAUUCGAGUCUCGCGGGGGGAUGAGUUUGCCGACUCCUUUGAGACGUCCUUCUUCGCCAGAACGUUCCCGACCCUGUUCCCAUUUGGCGUUGGGGGACCAAGGCUGGCCGAAGAGGCCAUAGCCGAGGCGGGGAAGGCCCUUACCAACUUGCGAGGCACCGGUAGAGCUGUUGAGGCAGGGGCGGCUGCGGGAGACAUCAUAUCCUCCCGAAGCUUGAACCUCCGGAUUUGGGCCGACAUCGUGCUCCGGCGCCAUGGUGGCCGGUUUGCGUUGCACCACAUAUUUGCAUUUCUCGUCUUCAACAUGGGGGUGCGGUCGAGGAACCGCCGCGUCAGCAUGCUGAGUGUGGCGAGGAAGGACUUCGGCAAGGUCGAGCGCGUUGCCCGCUCGAUGACCGCGCAAAGGUUAGCGGCGGCGAGGGUCGAGUUGGAGAGCUCGGGCAAGACGACCGAUGAGGGCGUGAAGGAGCUUCUCAGGAGCCUCUCGCUGUACGGCCACCGGCAACCCAUGUCGAGAGAAGUUCGGCUCAAUAUGCGGCGGAAAAUCCAGUCGCUCAUCGUUGGCUACGGCGUUCCGGCCAUCUGGUUCACCAUCAACCCAAACGACAUUACGAACCCGGUGAAGCUGCGACUGGCGGCAUAUCGGACACGCGAUCCCGGCGCGGCCGAGGAGUUCCUAGAAGGCCUUGGGAGUGCGUACAAGCGGACAAGGCUGGCCAUGUCCGAUCCGAUGAGCGCCGCCGUAUUCUUCCACCGGGAGAUGAAGCUGUUCUUCGAUCAUUACGUGAAGGUCGGAGAAGACUCGAUGCUUGCCGACAUCCACGGGGAGGAUCAGGCGGCGUAUCGCGAGCGAAUCAUACGAUACGUCGAUAGUGUCUUCUCCGAGGAUCUGGAUCAGGAAGGGUUCUGCGCCGUGCAAGCGGAGCGAUCUGUGACGUCCGAUAUUUCCUCCAUGCUGGACAACACCGAGCAGUUUUCGGCCGCAUUUGACGAGGAGGCCAACUUCUGUGCCGGCGCUACACAGGUUCACACGCAUAGCCCGACCUGUGUCAAGUAUUCCUUGGGCAAAGGAGCGCGGAAAGGGAAUCUAUGCCGGUUUAAGUCUCCAUGGAGGUUGGUCGACAAGACCGCCAUCACGGCAGACGGGGUGUUGCAGAUCCGGAGGACUCACAGCAUGGUCAAUCGAUGGAACAAGGCUAUCGCUGUUGGGCUCCGGCACAACCACGACAUUUCCUUCAUUGCGACGCAGCGCAAGACCAUGGCCCUUAUGUAUUAUGUCACGAACUACGCGACGAAGGUGGAGGACCCGGUGUGGAAGCGUGUGGCGGCCGCGGCCGAUCUCCUGGCCGCCUCAACGGGUGAUGGCACGGCCAACGGAGGACAGGACGACGGUGGAGGUGCUGUCGAGGUCAUUGCUCAUCUUCUGGGAUAUCCGGCCGAGUUCACCAACAGCAGCGCCUGGGCGUACCUGAACACAUCUCUGCUGUACUGGGAAGUCUUUCGACGGUGGCCGUAUCUCCGACGAGCAAAUGGCGCGGCGGCCAUAGAUGAUGCUCUGAAUGAGUCGGUGCUCAGGCGGCCGGGCAAGCAUGCUACCGUCUGCCUCGAUGGCUACCUGAGCAAGGACUUCGGCCACAACGACGACGAGGAGUCGUGCCACCGGAGGGCAGCCGUGCAGCAUCUUGCGCUAUUUGUGCCGUGGGAGUCCUUUCUGUGCGAAGAAACAGGUGAGAUCAAUAGCAUCUGGGAGCGGGCGCGAGAGGCGCUGGCCCCGAGAAUAUCAUGUCUCGUCGACAACGUGCAGCUGCUUCGACGAUCAGCCGAAGACGCAAAGCGCGACGCCAAGCAAUGGGCGGCCUCAUCCGGCGAUGGCGAUUCCACGGUCGCCCACGUCGAGGAGGGCGAGACAGGCGAGGCGGGCGCAGAAUUUGCAGCGACAUAUCGGUCCAACAACAUCGGAGACGCAACGCGCCUGAUCGACGUCGUCCGAGGCGCAGUGGGCACGAAUCAGGUGACGGCCAAGUCGCCGGAGCUCAUGGCAAUGAUGCGGCAGCUCUGUCGAUUCCAGCAAUCGGCGCUCUGCUCAACGGCCGAGCUCGAGGCCAUCGCGAUUCCCGAACAAGGGUUGAGGUGCAUAAGCAUGCCAGGGCGGGUAUUUUCCGGGGCCGCACUACCGCCGCAGGAUCAGGUCAAGGCUAUCAAGUCGCAGCAGAUAAGGACUGCCGCGGCGCAGAUCAACGGCAUCACGAUCCACUCCGCCUGCGGGUUCACUAAAGACCAAGGGGCGGGCGGCGCGAACACAGCCAAGGACCUUGACGGGGUGCGGCUGACAAAACGGGCGGAGCGGUUCAUCCACGGCCAGUCUCGGAUGGACUGGCAGGAGAAGGACGUGCUUGUCAUCGACGAGAUUUCGGGGAUCCCCAUCGUCCUCUUCUGCGGAGACUUUCAGCAGUUCCGGCCGGUCCAAGAGAGGUCGAUCGUCCUGCCGAGCGCGGCCAUCUCGUGGGACGUAGACAACUCGUUCAAGGCCGAGCAGCGGCACCAGCACGACAAAGCGCACGCGCUGUGGAAGAGAUUCACGACGGUCGUCAUGUUGAACGAGCAAAUGCGCGCCGCCGGACCGCACGGAUCUGGACCUCCUCAACUCAGGUGCUACCGCGAGGGCAGGCGGAUCCCUUGGGAGACUGGCAUCACCGUGGUGACGCCGCUGAACAGGAAUCGGUGGAACCUAAACAUGGAGGCAAGCUUGGCGUUCCGGGUCCAGCAGCGGUCGACGAUGCGCAUCUUCAUCUCCGAGCACAAGUGGAAGGAGGGCCUGCCGACCGAGGAAGAAGCGAUCAUGGUACUCAAUCAAGGCGACGAUAGCGCGAUCCCCGUGCCGGCCGUCUUCAUGUUCGUGGCCGGGAUGCCGGUCGUCGUGAACCACAACACCCAUCAGGGGCUGAAGCUGGUGAACGGCGCCGGCUACUCGGCGGUGGAGGUCAUUGUCGACAAGGCGUCCCCAGGGCAUCGAAUCUCGUCCGACAUGACGAUCCACUUCGGGCCGCCGGAGGAUAUUACUGGAAUCGGCGACGACAAAGGACCUCCACUUCAACGACGUCAGCCGGAAGGGAUUGCCGUGCGCAGCAGCCUUCGCCUGCACGGACUACAAGGUGCAGGGCAGAACGCCAGAGCGCGUGGCCCUGGAGCUGCGGGGACACGGACGACGAAAGUCGAUGGAAGGGCCGUGCCCUCGCAAUGCGACCCGUACAGCUUAUAUGUGCAGCUAUCGCGCUGUCGAACGCUAGACGGCAUCACGCUCGUGUCCAAGGCCAGGCUGGAGGUGCUAAGCGAGAGGACUGUCGAGGAAGCUUUGCGUCGGUCGGAUGGCGACGCUGAAGAGUCAAGGAGAGUUGUCAGGGUGAGGUGA